AAGAAAAUAAAAAUUUAAUUAAAUUUUACUGAUAAUUGUGAAUUUAAAGAAACAAUUUUAUGAAAGCAACUUCAGAAUUCAUUACUCAAAUGAAGAUAAGACAUUUAACUGCUUAAGGAUAAAUUCGGAAAAUCUAUUGAUUGCUAUCUGUGAUAAUGUCUACAUCGUCAUAUUUAACAAAGCAUACAAGAACAUAUACRGGAGAAAAAUUGUAUCAAUGUGAUAUCUGUGAUAAAAAGUUUUCUACAUCAUCAGAUUUAACAAAACAUACAAGGACACAUACCGGAGAAAAACCAUAUAAAUGUGGUAUCUGUGAUCAAGCUUUUACUCGGAAUACAAGCUUAAAAAAUCAUACAAGAACGCAUACCGGAGAAAAGCCAUAUAAAUGUGAUAUAUGUGAACAAGCUUUUGCUCAAGCACGUUCAUUAAAAAGCCAUAAAAGGACACAUACCAGUGAAAUUCCGUAUAAAUGUGAUAUCUGUGAUAAAUCCUUUUCUCAACCAUAUAAUUUAACAAGGCAUACAAUGAUACACACCGGGAAAAGGCCAUAUAAGUGUGAUAUCUGUGAUCAAUCCUUUUAUCAAGCAAAUCAUUUAACAAGGCAUAUAAGAACACAUACCGGAGAAAAGCCAUAUAAAUGUGAUAUCUGUGAUAAAAAGUUUUAUACAUCAUUAGAAGUAGUAAGACAUACAAUCAUACAUACUGGCGAAAAGCCGUAUAAAUGUAAUAUCUGUGAACAAGCAUUUUCUCAAGCACAUCAUUUAACGGGGCAUACAAGGACACAUACCGGGGAAAAACCGUAUAAAUGUGAUAUUUGUGAUAAAGAUUUUUUUACAUCAUCAGUUUUAAGAACCCAUAAAAUGACACAUAACGAAGAAAAGCUGUACAAAUGUGAUAUCUGUAAUCAAGCCUUUUCUCGUUCAUAUCAAUUAGUAAGGCAUACAAGGAUACAUACCAGUGAAAAGCCUUAUAAAUGUGAUAUGUGUGAUAAGAGAUGUUCUACAUCAUCAGAUUUAACAAAACAUACAAUGACACAUACCGGAGAAAAACUGUAUAAAUGUGAUUAAUGUGAAUAUGUGAUUAGAGGUUUUGUACAUCAUUAGAUUUAACAAUGCAUACAACUAUACAAUGACACAUACCAGAGAAAAGCCAUUUAAAUGUGAUACCU